AUGUCCACGACGAAAGGAAACCAUACUGUACUUGUCAGCGUGACUGCUGGGGCAGCUGCAGGCGCGACGGAGACUUUGUGUACAUAUCCAGCUGAAUUCGUUAAGACAUAUCGACAGCUCCCGCGCGCUCCUUCAACAGCAGUCUUUACAGGAUCAGUCGCUAGUGCUGAGCCCAAGACAUCUCUGCAAGUGCUUCGCGACACCAUCAGAAGCUCGGGAAUCCGAGGACUCUAUUCUGGCUGCUCAGCACUGGUGCUCAGCAAUGCGGCCAAGGGCGGCAUAAGAUUCAUUUCGUUUACACAGAGUCAAGCCUUUUUCCAGAAGUCGAAGAUUGGGUCAGCCAACCCUGGAGCAAGCACAGUACUCGCUGGACUGACUGCGGGUGUCGUUGAAUCAGUACUGGUGGUCACACCGGGCGAAGCACUGAAGACUAGGAUGAUUCACAGUCGAUCACUUGCGGACAAGAGCAAAUCUGGGUUGAAGAACCCCACUCUAGUGCAAGCAGCAGUGAACGUGGUGAGAACAGAUGGGGUCAGAGCACUCUGGAGCGGACUUGGACCUGUAUUGUGUAAGCAGGGAACCAAUAGUGCGGUAAGGUUUGCGACCUUCGGUCUGAUACAAGAGAAAAUCCGAACAUCUUGGGGCAUCACUGGCGCAAGUGCAACUGUGAUGGCAGGAGCGGCAAGUGGUGUCGUUACAACAUAUGCCUCGAUGCCCUUCGACAACAUCAAAACCCGCAUGCAAAGUCUAGGUACAGAGAAAUCCAUGGGAAUGUCUAGGCUGGCGCUAUCCAUGCUCAAGACUGAGGGCAUACAAGUCUUCUGGAGGGCCACGACUCCUCGACUCGUACGUCUGACGAUGUCCAGUUCGAUUACCUUCACAGUCUUCGAUCAAGUCGUGGCUCUGGCUGCUUGGCUUAAGAAACAUAAGAGUCCACCUGUGCUCGUAGUAAAAGAAGGCGGUAACCCCACGGUUGAGUGCUGA